AGGGGUGGGUUCGUGUAAAUAGCUAUCCAUCCUCUGCAAUUACGGUAGCCCCCCCACCUGGACAAUUAGAUCUCCUUCUCACCUGCAAACAUAUACAUGCAACCCUCAAUUACGCCUUUAACCCGACCAUCACCGUAGUGUUUCUCUAAUUGUCUUUUUAGGAUGUGUUAUCGAGGCAAUUAGGUCAAUCAAUUGUAUCUCUCUCGGCACUAUUCCUUUCCUGAGUAUCGGUAACUGCCAUGGCCUCUCUUCGCUCUCCCUCGCCCUCGCAUGCCGGGGACAGCCCGGCGCCCACAUCGCCGCAACUCUCUCCACGGUCCAAGAUUAAGGCCCUGCUGGCCGCUGUGGAUAAUGGCGACUUAGACAGUGAGACGAACGGACUCAUUGGCGCGGAGCCGUCGAAUACGAUAGAUACCGAACCCUGGCCGACGCAGGAUGCUGGAGAAGAAGACAGUGAGGAGGAAGAGAUCAUUCGGCCUCGUGGGCGACUAGCUGCGCGGAUGCGAGCUCAAGAUGUGGAUCAAAUAUCUAACUCUUCUAAACCACCCGCCCAUGGAUCCGAGCACCCAGAGAAUCCCGCCCCGGCAAACAGUGAUGCUGAAAACAGAGAUUUCCCCAACGCGAAUGGUGAUGAAGAGGAAAACGAUACAAUUGCUCCCCGACGUAGGCGAUUAGCCAGACCUGUUCGAAGUACGACGCCAGAGGAUCCGGCAAACGUCGACAGACCACUAUCACCCGGCCUUUUUGUUACCCCAUCUCCUCAUAAGACUACGGCUGGCUCUGAUAUAGACGACGAUCUACCAGAGAACCUAGGCAAGAAUGAGCGCUUCCUAGCACUCGUGGCCAGGAAGCGGCAAGAGAGGUUAGAGAAAGAGGCCGAAGAGGAUCGUAAACGAAAGGAGCGCGCAGAGCGAAUGGCAGAGCAGAUCCCCGCCGAAUCAGAUAUCGAUGACGACGUAUCCGAUAUCACCGAUGAUGAAGGCGGCCGGAAGCUCACGCAAGAAGCCUCACGCCCCGCGCGUAAAGCUAGCAAAAAGGCCCUGGAGGAAAUGAAUCGCGAGACGCAACGAAUCAGUCGAAGCUUGCAGCUUGCUCACGAAGCGAAGACGAAAAAGAAGAUUACGAAAGCUUCCCUAUUUGAGCGCUUCAAUUUCAAGACUCGAAUGGCGCCCGGCGAUGCUAAAGUCGCGAGCUCAAGCCAGCCUACGACACCCGGUUCGGUACACCAAAUAGAUGUUGAGAUGACUGACCCCGGGACGCCGCCAAGCUCUCCGCCCACUGCCCCAAAGACCAUUCUGGAUCUUCCCGCACCGGUAGCGCCCUUGAACGCUGGCGCGGAAGAACAAGAGACUCUAUUAGGUGGAGGCGAUGGUCUGCCCAGCCUUGAGGAUGUCUUAACUGAGAGUAAAAAUGAGGAUAAGGACAAGGGGAAGGGGAAGGCGGUUGAAAUCUCGGUCGAUGUAGAGGCCAAAAAGUCGGGAGCAAGCAAACCAAAACGCCAAGUUCGCGUCAAGUUGCCGCUGAUGCAAGCAAAUCUCGUUACAAUAGACUCCGGUGACGAGCUCGAAAUCACGGUGAAAAAGAAGGGGAGGAUGGAUGCGGUAUUUGACCGGCUCCCCGAGAAAAAAGCACAGGAAUCCAGGCCGAUGAAUGUGCUCCGUCGUCUCGCUCAUCUUUCCUCGCCCCCGAAGGAGCCUACAAGAAGCCGCAAUACUAAGCCAUCUAUGACUCCGGCCGAACUGGAAAUGUCAUUACUGCAACGCGCCAAAGCACAGGCGAAGCUCGAGCGCGAACGUCGCCUGGAAUUCUUGCGAUCCAAGGGUAUCUCGGUGCAAACCGAAGAAGAGCGCGAGCGGGAAAGAGAUCAGGUCGAAGAUAUCGUCGCCCGGGCCCGCCAGGAGGUCGAGGCGAUCAUGCAAAAAGAGCGUGAGGAUGCCAAGACGGCGCGCAAGGAGAGGAAGAAGAACGGCGAAGUGGAUCCUCUUGCUUGGGAUGAUAGCGACGACGAUAGUUUCGAGGAUAGCGAAGGGGCGCCAUCUGAUAUCGAAUAUUCCGGCUCGGAAGACGAGAAUGAAGAAGGCGAAGAAGAAGGUGUCCAAGAUCAGGCCCAGGACGAGACGGCUGGAAAUCCUUUGUUUGAGGAUGAAGCAAUGGAAGAUGGAGAAUCUGACGGGGAACGCACACCGAAGGCUGCGAGGAGGACCAUGACCACGGACGACGAGACAGACGAUGCCGACGAACUCCCGAAAAUGAAACCGCGACGAUCAAAGAAACAUGUGCAUGUGGUAUCGGACGACGAGGACGACGUCGAGGCCACUCCAAAGCCAAAGAAGGCGUCUUACGCCAAGUCUCCCUCUGCUACCAACUCGGAUUCUCCUAAGAUCCCCACGUCGGUUUUACGAUCAGCCAGGAAAACCUUCAUUCCGGGACUUCCCAUCCCAGCGGCGGGGCCAGCCGGCCUGGGGCUCACUCAGAUUUUUGCUGGCACCAUGGACAACAGUCAAGCCGGAUUGGCCAGCGGAUCUCCCUCGGAGCUCAUGCCUAGCUUCGACUGCUUCCCAGACUCCCAGUUCUCCGCUACAGCCAGCCAGUCUCAAGAAAACAAUGCUGUCCUUGAUAGUCAGAGGAUAGUGAAACCGACCACGCAAAUACUCGAGACGCAGACGCAAGGUGUGCAGCUGCAUUUCUCGCAGUCACAGGUUCAUGGCCUCGAUAGCUUCAUGCAGAUGGAUGGUACACAGAUGUCAGAACUCAUCCAGCCUACUCAAGACGGUGGUUUCCAGGAUUUCUCUCCCUUGAAACAACGGUUCGUCGAGCAUCCCCAGUCUACGAUUGAGACUGUGCUAUUGGGAACGACCCAAGGGGAAGAGAUCGUACCGGAUUCUCCCCUAGUAAAAAGAAAAGGCAGGUUGACCCGCAGAGGCGAAACUUCAGCGUCCUUCCCUGUCCUAUCGUCCACCGUCACCACAGGAAGUCCUAGCGCGCCGCGUCGCGUAGACGCCAGCAACGCCGAAGUGGAUACGAGUGCUGCAGCCAGCGCGUUCAAAGUAAUGGAGAGGGCCGCAAGGAAGAAGAAGCGCAUGCAGGAGAAGUUCGAUAGGAAGAAGAGCAAGGCUACUGAGAUGGUUGAAGAGCAAGCUGAGGAAUCCGAAGACGAGUAUGCUGGGCUUGGCGGAGCUGAUGGCGAGGACUCGAGCGAAGAGGACGAGGAACUCGCCAGGGAGAUGAUCGACGACACGGCUGGUAAUGACAUCGACGAAGCUAAGUUGGCUGGCUUCUUUGCCGACCGAGAACGAGCAGCGGACGCGGCCCAAGUAGACAAGCUGUUCCGAGACAUCACGACAGGCAUGCUCCGAAAGCGGCGCCGCGGCGGAGGCGGUGGGAACAACGACUUCGACCUGUCGGACUCGGACGACGGCGGAGAGGCGCGACGACGUAUGAAGCGGCGGCAGUUCGCUAAGAUGCAGAAGGCGCUGUUCGCCGACGAGCGUAUCGGCAAGAUCGCAGAGAAUCCGCGCAAUGCGGCCUUCCUCAAGAGCAUCGAGGACCGUCACAGCGACGACGAGGACGAGGACGGCGGCGCCUGGUGGGCCUUCGAGGAGAACUUUGCGCACGAAAGCGCGGAUGGCAGCGCCAGCCAGAGCCGAGAGCGGACUACCACUCCGGCGGCACCGGAGCAGGCAACGAUUCCCGACAGCCAGCCCGCGAACGCUCGGGGUAGCAAGCGCGCACAUGCUAGCGACGAGGACGGCGACCACGUAGCCCGUCCGCCCCCGAAUGCCCGUCGCACUCACGGCGGCGGCGCGCGCCCAAGCUCGCUUGCCGACGUGCGCAGAUCGCUGUCAAGCCUGCUCGACGAGCCCAAUGGGUCGGCGGCGUCGAUUGUGCCGGCGACGGAACUGGGCUCGGACAAUAGCGACGACGAAGCCAGAGAAGUGGAGGAGCGUCGCCGCCGCCCGGCAGUGGCGGCAGCGCCUUCCUCGUCGUUCUCCGACAAGGAGAACCGCGCCGCCGACGUCCUGGUCGUGGACCGGCUCUCGCUCAAGCGCAACCUGUCGAGCGGCAGCGGCGGGGAGGACGGCUCGUCGUCGAGGAGGCUCGCCUUCGCGGCGCCUUCGGGAGGCGGUAACGGCGGGUUCAAGGUGCCGGCGCUGCUGCGGCGGGCGACGACGAACUCGCUCAUAUCGAGCUCGAGCGCGUCGUCAUCCUCGUCGUCGGCGGCGGCGGCGGCGGCGAGCGGGGAGAGCGGUCACGGCGGCAAGGCGGGCGGAGACGAGGCCGCCAAGCUGAAGAAGACGGCCGGCAAGCGCUCGGGCAUCAACUACUUCGCGCGGGAGACGGAGCGGCGCGCGGCAGUGGCGGAGGCGGAGAAGCGCCGCGAGGCGCGGAAGUGGAAGGGCGCCGAGGGGAGGGGGAAGGCGGUCGGUGGGCUGUUCGGGGGCGGGAGGUUCGAGUGACGAGUAUCGUCAUCGCAACGACCGUCGGAGCAGCAGCGGCAACACACCCGAUCUGUGCGGGCGUGGGUAAGCGGCUGGAGGCUAUCGACGUAAUGUGAGAAUAAGGUCAGGCGUUAGGGCGUAAAGCUGAUGUCGUUGUUUAGUAUCGUUGAAGUUGUAGGCAUAUGGACAAGCACGGCAUUGAACGGAUAGGGGUGUAGAUAGGUGUGAAUGAGAUUGCAUAUGGUCUUGGCCAGCACUGACACGCCUGCCUGUUGUCUACGUAUAUCAACCCAGUUACUGCUCGCUGCCUCGUAUGCAUAGCCCGAAGUGAUGAGAAGAGUGUAGCUGAUGCUCGGUGUUACUACCAUUGAGGUCUAGGCCCAUGGACGCUUCUAAACUACCUACCUGUCUGUCUAUAUGCCCUGGCAUUCCGAAGAAUGCUGCCGACUGCAUAAAUGCCAGGUAUAUUAUCUUGUAUUUCCGUAUGAGUCGUGUGCUAUGUGACAACUGUAAGUGGUGAUGUUUCCUGAGGAAUAGGAGGCAAAGACGCCGAUAAUUACCUACAUAAGCAGCCACGGGACAUUGCAUUGCAUAAGAGAAUAUGCACGUAGACGGUCUUACGUCAU